AUGGCUGAGACCUGCGUGCGGUUGCUGGGGGGGCAGAGCUUUUAUUACAGCGAGGAGUUUGAUGCAUGCAAUACUCAGGGGCUGCGGUUCUGCUUCUUGCAGAAGAGUUAUGAGGUCGCUGUUACAGAGAGGCGGUACCACCAUGCAGCCAGGUUGUACCUACUGAAUCUCCUCGGUGCGACGUUGUUCGCCUGCAAGAGUGGAGGACACUACACCACGAUCCACUGGAUUGGCAUGCUGGAGCAUCUUGAUCGGGUACAUGAGUUUGCGUGGGGCGCCAUUGCGCUUGCCACUUUGUACGACCAGCUUGGUCGGUCCUCACGCAGCGCUACCAGACAGAUGAGCGGUUACACAUCCUUGUUGUUAGCAUGGGCCUACGAGCACUUCCCUGACGCCCUUGUACGCCGGUAUCAGAACCGGGAUUACGUGGAGACCGAGCCUAGAGCGUGCAGGUGGAUCGAGUCACGGACGGGACAUGCUAGGUUGCAGGAGAGGCGAGUCCUAUUUGAUGAGAUGACGUCAGCUGACGUCAUCUGGACUCCAUAUGAGGCGCACAGGUCUGUGCGACCGCAGGAUGCGAGGGCUUUGUUCUCGGGAUACAUCCGGACUCCCUACGAGCCGGCUGUGCGACCUCAUCUUCCGGAGCGGGUGUUGUGGCAGUUUGGAUCCGUGCAGACCGUCCCGAGGCACCCUUCUGUCGUGAUGGAGAGAUCUCCUAGUGCUGAGGAUGUUGAUGCAGCGUUCGCGGCCUAUGAGCAGUACCUAGUUCCUGAGGGCGUCCCUGCUACUGUAGGUGGACAGACAUCGUCAAAUUACAUGGACUGGUACAGCAUGGUUUCUCAUCGGUUCAUCAUCCCGGAUACGAAGAGGGCGGAACUCAGUGCCGUUGCUGCUCUGCGUAGGGGUGUGGACUUGCUUGAGCAGUCACUCGAGGUUGAUGAUGCUCCCUCAGUAGACUCAGUCUCCCGCACUUUAGUUGAUCGGGCACUCGAGGUCUUCCGAAACUUGGCCGGGACCCAAGGCGUUGCUUUUGCUGCUGAGAGACUAGGCGUCAGAGCCAGAGUUAGAGGCAGGGCAGGCGGUAGAGGAGGGGGAGGUCGUAGGGGUAGAGGAGGCCGUAGGGGUAGGGGAUAG